UUGUUGCCCAUCGUUGCCGGCACGGAUAUCUUGCUAUCCACGGCGCAGCCGCGCACGCGCAGGCAGGCCACCCUGCCGCUCCUCCCGUUCACCGUCGCAACCGCUCUAACGGUCGGGCGCCAUUCCCCAGGCAAACCCCAGGGCACCGUGCUCUCCAAUGGACCCCUGCACCGCCCCGGCGGCGUCCUCCACCACGUGGCGCCGCUCGCUGGACGGGGCCGGGGUGCCGGAGGGCCGAGGAGCUCGAGGAGGCGGUGUGGCGGCUGCGGGCGGAGAAGGACGCCGCGGAGCGCGCGGCGGCGGCGCUGCGGGCGGAGCUGGACGCGGAGCGCGGGGCCGCGGGGACCGCGGCGAGCGAGACGAUGCUGAUGAUCACGCGGCUGCAGCUGGAGAAGGCCGCGGCCAUGAUGGAGGCGCGCGAGUUCCGGGACCUCGCCGAGGGCCGAAACCAAUGUAUAUAGCUUUCAUUACUUGCUUGAUUGAGAGAACCUUCAAAAAAGAGGGAAAGAAAGAAGAGCGGAAACUCCGUAGCCUGAACUAUCCAACUGGACUCCGGCUAUGCGGCCGGGCGCGCCAGCGAGCUGCAGGACCGCCUCGCCGCGGUCUCCGCGCUCGCCGCGUCCUACGCCGCCCUGCUCCGCGCCCACGGCGUCGACCCCGAGGACGCGGAGGACGGCGGGAGCUACGAGGAUGAGGACGACGAUCAUUCCGUCGAAUACCUCGAGGCGGAUGCGGACGCGGACGGCGACGGCGACGGGGAGAGACACGGUGGAGAGGCGGAGGCGACGGGACUGGCCGCCGAGGAGCCGCAGCCGCCGACGCCGCCGACGGCCUAGGAGGAGUCCGAGUACACCGCGGACGUGCAGUGCGUGCCGUGCGCGGCCACGACGCAAGCCGUGGCCCCGCCGGCGCCGCGGGAGGCGAGCGUUGUCCGUGUCGCCGAGGACCCCAGUCUCUGCGGGAGGGUAGCGGUGCUGGAGGCGGAGAGCGCGGCGAUGCGGAGGGAGGUGGCGGCGCUGCGGGCGGAGCGCGCACAGGUGGUGCUGGCGCGGGAGUUGGCGCGGCGGCUGUGCCGGCAGGCGGCGGCCGACGAGAGGGCCGCCGUCGUGGCGCCGGAGAGGCCGCACUUCUCGGCGCUCGCCAUUUGCAGAUGGCUUUUCUCUGCAAUCAUUUGGGGAAAAAACACAUUCUGCAUCUGCAGCCAGCUCCUCGUCCGGCUCGUCGGCGUCGUAGCUCGUCCGCCAGAUUCUACUCCUGCAGAGAUCCAAAGGCGAUCGUCCGAUCCAAAUCAGCCGGUCUCCACCGCGCAACCAAAUGCCUGUGAAGUGUGAACGGAGAGAACAGACUGGGCGAGAAGCCGUGGAGUUCCCCGUUGUGAUGAACUGAUGGCGCUUGCAAGUUUUGGCUAAAGUAUCCGGUCAGAAGUUUCAUACAAAAGCAAGUGUUCAGUUCUUAUAGGAAUCCCAGUGUUCCAAACAAGGCUUUUAAUUUCAAGGAAAUUCAAUGAAUGCCAUCCAAAUAUAUAGCCGUCCCUUGUAUGCCAUUAAUAAUUGAGUCAUUCUUUCAUCGUUAUUGGAUUUGAUAUCUUAUAUGCCAUUCCGUUAAA